GGCAUCUUCAUUGCUUCAACUCCAUCAAUCUCCCUCUUCUCCUCCCUUUCCCUUCCUUCAUCCCUUCGUUCCAUUCCCCUCUUCCUUCUCUCUCUCCUCUUCUCUUCUCUUCUCCUGCGUCGCUCCGCGUCAUCGUCGGCCCAGACGUCCGGACGAACGCCUCGACUCCAGCUCUCGGUUCCCCCGCAUCAAUCCAGCUUGCACUCUCCACUCCUCUUUCAGCCGCCCCCGCCACACUUCCUCUCUGUGUCCCUUCUCUGUCUUGUCUCUGUCUCGACGGAGUAUCUCUCUCAUAUCCUCAUUCUCUCUCGGCUCAAAACAUCUAUGCUGGAUGUCUUCCCACUGUCGCCCUUGCCUUCCCCUUCGCGCUUAGGCCGUUCGUCCGUCGCGCUCGCUGCACACCAGCAGUCCAUCCUGCUGCGCUCAAUUUGUCUUUGCUGGAUCUGGCUGGGAUAAUCGUCUGCCGUGGACUGUCACUGUCCAUCAUAUGCUAUCCUCCUGCACCGCUCGAGAGUGCUGCGAAAACUACUGCCCAGAAAAAAAUUUUUUUUUGUUUUUUUUUUUCCCUUGACCUCGGCCCGGCAAACGCUUCACACCCGUCGCGCGACGUCUUUCUCUCCCUACUGUACGACUGGAUACUCUCGCAAUCUCCAAAAUGCACGCCGAGAUAACAGUAGAAUCCAAGGAUACCCCUCAUACCCCAUCUGCCGAUGCCAGCGGCGAAAGCACCAAGUCAGACCCUGUAACGAAUUCCGAACCGGCUGCUGUAAAGAGAAAACUCGACGACGAUGGCCAGAAGCCCUCAGCUGCUUCCAAUGCUAAGGAUGCCCCGAGGCCACGCAGGAAGAAGGCGAGAAGAGCUUGCUUCGCUUGUCAGCGAGCCCAUCUGACUUGCGGUAUGCUUUUUCACCCUCUCUUUCUUCCACAUCAACCCCUUCCCUGCCUACAUGCUGAUCUCUACAGGUGACGAGAGACCUUGCCAGCGUUGUAUCAAGCGUGGUCUUCAAAACGCCUGCCAGGAUGGUGUGCGCAAAAAGGCCAAAUAUCUUCAUGAUGCCCCCGACGGUGCCUUGAUUCCUGGCGUCGGCGGCAACUUCUACAACAGCAACAGCAACAAUGGCAAUGGCGCCGUCCAGCAGCAGCAGCAGCAGCAAAACAACGGCGCGAGUUUCUAUGCGACACCCCAGUCAGGCUCCUACAACGUCUACCCGGAAACCUCCAUGGGUCAGAGCCCCUUCACGACCCAGUCGCCAGCUUCCCCUACGUACAACGUCAAGUCGGGUGCCGCGGGCCGGCAUCCCAGCCUGUCUUCUUCCACUGUCAGCCAGCAACCCACCGGAACCACCAGCCAGGCGCAGAACCCAUUCGCCGGAUCUCUCUUCGACCCCAGUGAUCCCGCUCUGUUCAACUUUGAUCUUUCCAGCAUGAACUUUGAGAAUCGCUAUGGUGCCCUCGAAUUCGGCAUGCUGGGCCACAUGGCUACCGGCGCCGGGGACUCCCCCAGCGAUUCCGCCACCCAACGCGGGUCAAUUGGUGGUGGUGGUGGUGGUGGUUCAAUCCCAUUCUCUACGGCAGCCGGCACAGGGUAUGGGGAUACCAGCAGUCCCGGAAACACCCAGCCGUUCAUGUUCGGCGCCGAUCCUCUGCUGAACGAUUGGCCCAACGGGCAAGCCUCGGGUCAGCACGUGAACGUCAACAGCAUGUACCAGAACAACAUCAUGACGGGGCCCAUGCCUGCAUCAAAACCUGAUGCGCCACAUGCUUUUGCCAUUGAAAGCGGCCCGGCCAGUUUCACCAGCCCCAGUUCGAUUUCCAGCCCCCAGGUAACGGCCAGUUUGGAGGACAACACGUUCAAUGCGAUGAGCAAUGGCAGCAAGUCGAACGGUCUCCCUGCCAACGGACAACGGUCCGUGGUUCCCGCUUCCGGUCUCAAACAACAGCACACGGGGGCGAAAAAGCGGCAUCGCAAUCCGUCGGCCAUCUACGAAAGCGUCAAGGAGCCGUAUCCGUACACCAGCGGCUUCCACAACCUGACCGCCUUUAUCCAGCACCGGUUCCCUCCGCAGAAGCGGCUGCAGAUUGCCAAGUCGCUGGCGUCUAUCCGUCCGUCUCUCAUCGCCACCAGCAAGACCCUGAACCGGGAUGACCUGAUCUUCAUGGAGAAGUGUUUCCAGCGGACGCUCUGGGAAUACGAGGACUUCAUCAACGCAUGCGGCACUCCGACACUCGUCCUGCGACGCACUGGAGAGGUUGCCGCGGUAGGCAAGGAGUUCAGCAUUCUCACGGGUUGGAAGAAAGAGGUGCUGCUGGGUAAGGAGCCCAAUCUGAACGUCAACACGGGUGGCUCUGGUCCUCAUCUGGGAGCGUUGUCCCGCGGCGCUUAUACGCAGCGGAAUACGUCGAUGGGAAACGGCAACCAUCGAACACAGCCUGUUUUCCUGGCGGAACUGCUGGACGACGAGAGCGUGGUGGAGUUCUACGAUGACUUUGCACGACUUGCCUUUGGCGAUUCCCGCGGCAGCGUCAUGACGACAUGCAAGCUCCUGAAGUACAAGACCAAGGAAGAAAUGGAGAUUGCGCAGGGCGAGGAUAGCCAGAAAUGGAACGGUCACUUGCGCAAGGGGGGGAUUGCCGGAGAGGCAGGGAUGAACCAGUUGGGGUCCAAGGACGGUAAGGUCGAAUGCGCAUACUGCUGGACGGUCAAGAGAGACGUGUUCGACAUACCGAUGUUGAUCGUGAUGAAUUUCUUACCAUGUAUUUGAUUCUGUUGUUGGCAGUAACUUUCUCAUGGAUCAGUUGGAUACCAAAGUCUUGUAAUCUGUUGUUACUUUUGCUUCAUACCCUUGGCAUCAUGAUGUAUGUUUUCUUCCUUUCUUGGUAUAUAUUGAGCCGUAUCAGCCUGACAAGGCAGUGAAUCUUGUCUAUUCUUUUUAUUUAUUAUUAUGAAAUGGAGCAUUGGACAUAGAAAAGAAAAAAGAAUGAAAGAAAAAGAACUGUAGCAGUACUGCACGUGACUAGAAGAACCCCGCCAAUGACAGACCCUGGA